GUCAUAUGACUGAAAUAAGCAGUGCUACCAACCUCACAAACUCCUCCUCCAUUUUGGGGCAGCUGAUGUUUGUUUGAGAAAUUAAAAUAUCUAAAAUAUCUCUGAUAUUCAUCUAAAAUGGGUGCCUCGUUUGUUCCCAUCACUGUUUUCACCGUUUUAUGGGGCAUAGUUGGUAUAGUAUGCCCCUUCUUCGUGCCUAAAGGCCCAAAUAGGGGGAUUACUCAAGUGGUGUUAAUGCUGACUGCGGCUACGUGUUGGUUAUUCUGGCUAUGUGCAUACAUGGCGCAAAUGAACCCUCUCAUCGGGCCUAGACUCACCUCGGAGACACUUAUCUGGAUUGCCCGCACAUGGGGCGAACCCUACUAAUAAGUGGAGGGGAAUUAAAUCCUGUUUAUAUCGCAGUAAGAUGUUGAACCUUGGUGUUGUCGAUGCGUUAUUGAAUAUAAGUUGCAAUUGUAAAAAGUAAACAUUAUGGUGUGGCCAACAACGAAAUUAUGCAAUUUUUAUGUUUAAGAAUGCUACCAAAUUACGUUGCUGGCCAUACCAACGGAGUAUAGAAUUUAAUAUUUCAGAUACUCGUUAAUUACCUACCAUUUUGAAUAUAAACUUGGCAAUCUGAAAAUAAUCUAUCAUCUUUAGAAAUAUUAAAAAGAAAUCCGAUAGGGCCGUGAAUUUAAAUAAAAUAAAUUUUCUCACCUCUUUGUAAUCGAUUUGUAACUGGCCAUUUACGAACUUUUAGCGGGAAACUUGUUCUAAAUUCAAAUAAAGGGGAAAAAUAUUAAGAAUAAUAAAACCAUUUCUUUUUUUUUUUUACUUGCAAUAAGUAACUAUGUACAAGUUUAUUAGAGCGGGAGUCUUAUUUAUUUCUAACGUAAGAAAGAAUCAUUCCAAUGUUAACAUCCAUUUAAAGCUGUCUAAUGAGUAUUUAUUUACCUACCUUAUUGUAAAACAUUGUAAUUGUAGAUAAAAUAUUUUAAUUUCAAUAAAGUUAUUUGAGUUACGUUA